GGACCCGCGGGGCGGUGCCGGCGCUACCGCCGGGGCUUCCGGGAGCGGCGGGGCAUGGAGCCAUCGCCGGCGGGGGAGGAAGAGGAGGGGGCCGGCCGCUUUCGUGCCAGCGAGCACCAGCACGCUCGUUACAACCCGCUGCGGGAUGACUGGGUGCUGGUGUCGGCCCACCGGGUGAAGCGACCCUGGCAGGGGCAGCUGGAGAAGCCACCCCCCGAGGAUGUCCCCCGAUGGGACCCCAACAACCCCCUUUGCCCCGGGGCCACCCGGGCCAACGGCAAGGUGAACCCCCAGUACGAGGGCACUUUCGUCUUCCCAAAUGACUUCCCUGCACUGCAGCCCGAUGCUCCCGAGCCUGGUGACAGCGAUCACCCCUUGUUUCGAGCUGCAGCAGCCCGGGGUGUGUGCAAGGUGAUGUGCUUCCACCCUUGGUCGGACCUGACGCUGCCCCUCAUGUCCCUGGCAGAGAUCCGGGCUGUCAUCGACGCGUGGGCAGAGCUGGCCGUCGAGCUGGGUGCCUCCUACCCUUGGGUGCAGAUCUUCGAGAACAAGGGAGCGAUGAUGGGCUGCUCCAACCCGCACCCCCACUGCCAGGUGUGGGCCAGCAGCUUCCUACCGAACGAGGCACGCCUGGAGGACCGGACCCAGCGGCAGUACCUGAGCCAGCACGGCGUGCCCAUGCUGCUGGAGUAUGCUGAGCAGGAGGCUCGCCGAAAGGAGCGGCUGGUGGUGGAGAACGCGGACUGGUUGGUUGUGGUUCCGUACUGGGCCACCUGGCCCUACCAGACUCUGCUGCUGCCCCGCCGCCACGUCUGCCGCCUCCAGGACCUCCAUGAGGGCGAGAGGGACAGUCUGGCCUCCAUCAUGCAGAGGCUGCUCAUCAAGUACGACAACCUCUUCGAAGUCUCCUUCCCCUACUCCAUGGGCUGGCAUGGAGCCCCCACGGGCCCCUACCUGGAGGAGGACUGCGGGCACUGGCAGCUCCAUGCCCACUACUACCCCCCGCUGCUCCGCUCCGCCACCGUCCGCAAGUUCAUGGUGGGCUACGAGAUGCUGGCGCAGGCGCAGCGGGACCUCACCCCAGAGCAGGCAGCUGAGCGCCUCAGGAGCCUCCCCGAGGUGCACUACAAGCAGAGGGCCAAGGAGAUGUCGUGAUGGAGAGCAGCGGAGCCAGCCCUCAGCUGUGCUCGGUGAGGCCAGGGAGAGCAGUCAGCUGGGGCUGGCGAGAGCUGAGGCUUGGGAACUCAUGUCACUUGUGAGCCCUCUGAUCUCCCGGCUGCUUCUGACCCUUGUUGUGGCUUGACCCAGCUUGGGGACUGGUUUUACCUGUUCACGUACCCCAGUCCUAAUCCUGUGGCAUCCUUGCACAGGCGGUGCUGUACCUUCUGUCUACUUCCCCAUCCCAGCCUAUGUCUUCCACCUCCGCAGAGCGCUCCUACCACCACUAAAGGGCUUACGCUCCUUACCAGUCCAGUCUUACUGGUGGGACUGGGAGUGCCGGGCCUCCCCGGCCAAUAAAACCUGGAAGCAAA